AUGGAGCGGCCCCGGGCAGCUGCGGGCGGCCUCGCGCGCCGGCCCCGCGGCCUCGGCCUCGGCCUCCUCCUCCUCCUGCAGCUGCUGCCGCCCGCGACCCUCGGCCAGGACCGGCUGGACGCGCCGCCGCCGCCCGCCGCGUCGCUGCCGCGCUGGGCCGGCCCGCUCGGCGUGAGCUGGGGGCUGCGCGCGGCCGCGGCCGGGGGCCCGUUGGCCCGCGGCGGCCGUUGGCGCCGCAGCGCUCCGGGCGAAGACGGGGACUGCGGCGGGGUCCCGGACUUCGUCUCCAAGCUGGUCAACAACACGCACCAGCAUGUCUUUGAUGAUCUCAGCGGCUCAGUGUCCUUGUCCUGGGUUGGAGACAGCACUGGGGUCAUUCUAGUGUUGACUACCUUCCACGUGCCACUGGUAAUUAUGACUUUUCAGCAGUCCAAGCUGUAUCGAAGUGAGGAUUAUGGAAAGAACUUUAAGGAUAUUACACAUCUCAUCAACAAUUCCUUUAUUCGGACUGAAUUUGGCAUGGCUGUUGGUCCUGAGAACUCUGGAAAGGUGAUAUUAACAGCAGAAGUGUCUGGAGGAAGUCGUGGAGGAAGAAUCUUCAGGUCGUCAGAUUUUGCCAAGAACUUUAUUCAGACAGAUCUCCCUUUUCAUCCUCUGACUCAGACGAUGUACAGCCCUCAGAAUUCUGAGUAUCUUUUAGCCCUCAGCACUGAUAAUGGCCUGUGGGUGUCCAAGAAUUUUGGGGGAAAAUGGGAAGAAAUCCACAAAGCAGUAUGUUUGGCCAAAUGGGGACCGGGAAACAUCAUCUUUUUUACCACCUACGUCACUGGCUCUUGCAAAGCUGACCUUGGGGCACUGGAAUUAUGGAGAACUUCAGACUUGGGAAAAAGCUUCAAAACCAUUGGUGUGAAAAUCUAUUCAUUUGGUCUUGGGGGACGUUUCCUUUUUGCCUCUGUGAUGGCUGAAAAGGAUACAACAAGAAGGAUCCAUGUGUCAACCGAUCAAGGGGACACCUGGAGCAUGGCCCAGCUUCCCUCUGUGGGGCAGGAACAGUUCUAUUCUAUCCUGGCUGCCAAUGAUGACAUGGUGUUCAUGCAUGUAGAUGAACCCGGAGACACUGGAUUCGGCACAAUCUUUACCUCAGAUGAUCGAGGCAUUGUCUAUUCCAAGUCUCUGGACCGACAUCUGUACACCACCACAGGUGGAGAGACCGACUUUACCAACGUGACCUCCCUCCGCGGCGUCUACAUAACAAGCACGCUCUCAGAAGAUAAUUCCAUCCAGACUAUGAUCACUUUUGACCAAGGAGGCAGGUGGAAGCACCUGAGGAAGCCUGAAAACAGUGAAUGUGAUGCCACAGCGAAAAACAAGAAUGAGUGCAGCCUUCAUAUUCAUGCUUCCUACAGCAUUUCCCAGAAACUAAACGUGCCCAUGGCCCCACUCUCGGAGCCUAAUGCCGUAGGCAUAGUCAUCGCUCAUGGUAGCGUGGGGGAUGCCAUCUCAGUGAUGGUCCCAGAUGUGUACAUCUCAGAUGAUGGGGGUUACUCCUGGGCGAAGAUGCUGGAAGGACCCCACUACUACACCAUCCUGGACUCUGGAGGCAUCAUUGUGGCCAUUGAGCACAGCAGCCACCCUAUCAAUGUGAUUAAGUUCUCUACAGAUGAAGGUCAGUGCUGGCAAACCUACACAUUCACCAAGGAGCCCAUCUAUUUCACCGGCCUGGCUUCAGAACCCGGGGCCAGGUCCAUGAACAUCAGCAUUUGGGGUUUCACAGAGUCUUUCCUGACCCGCCAAUGGGUCUCCUACACCAUCAAUUUUAAAGAUAUCCUUGAAAGGAAUUGUGAAGAGAAAGACUACACCGUCUGGCUGGCGCACUCCACAGACCCCGGAGACCAUGAAGACGGCUGCAUUUUGGGCUAUAAGGAACAGUACCUUCGGCUACGCAAAUCUUCCGUCUGUCAGAACGGUCGAGACUAUGUUGUCGCCAAGCAGCCGUCCAUCUGUCCCUGUUCCCUGGAGGACUUCCUCUGUGAUUUUGGAUACUUCCGUCCAGAAAAUGACUCCAAGUGUGUGGAACAGCCGGAACUGAAGGGCCAUGACCUAGAGUUUUGUCUGUAUGGAAGAGAAGAGCACCUGACAACAAACGGGUACCGGAAAAUUCCAGGAGACAGAUGCCAAGGUGGGGUGAAUCCAGCUCGAGAAGUAAAAGACUUGAAAAAGAAAUGCACAAGCAACUUCCUGAGUCCAGAAAAGCAGGACUCUCGCCCACAGGGACACAGCUUGUCCCAGAAUCCAGCUCCGCCUCCUCUUGGAUACAUUGAAAACACACACUUCCUAUCUCCCACCCAGAAGCAGAAUUCCAAGUCAAAUUCUGUUCCAAUUAUCCUGGCCAUUGUGGGAUUGAUGCUGGUCACAGUCGUGGCAGGAGUGCUCAUUGUGAAGAAAUAUGUCUGUGGAGGAAGGUUCCUGGUACAUCGAUACUCUGUGCUACAGCAGCAUGCAGAAGCCAAUGGUGUGGAUGGGGUGGAUGCCUUGGACACAGCCUCACAUGCUAAUAAAAGUGGUUAUCAUGAUGACUCAGAUGAGGAUCUCCUGGAAUAGCUUCUCAAGGGAGCUGGGGCCGAAAGUGGAUGGUGGAACCACAGUACCUCCUGCAACCCUGUGGCUCCGACCUGGGGGAAUAAAUUUCCCAUUGCAAGGGACCCAGCUCUGUUUCUGCUGCUUCCAUGAAAGCCAAAAGGACCGACACUAAAGAAAUGCAGGGUGGAGGUGGGGAACCCUGAACACUCUAAGAGUGAAUUGGCUCUGAAAAGGGGAAAACAUUUAAAUUCUUUAACUUUUCACUUCAGGUUCUGUCUAUUUGUAAAGUAUGGGCUUUGGGUUUUGUUCUCUUGUGGGGUUUUUUGUUUAUUUGUUUGCCUGUUUGUUUUUAAGGGAAAUGAAAUGGAAUUUGAAGGGACCGAUUAACCCCACUCUUGUGUAUUCUGCGUGGCACCUACCCCAGGGCAUCUGCCAAUUCCACCAUCAACUCUUAAAAUGUAUGUGGUGCUGACCCAGGUGCUGCUGGUGACAUGAAGCAGCUACAGUGAUGAAAACAAGGGCUGUGGUGCCCAGCACUGGGGAGAGCCCCGCUCCAAGAACACUGCACACCAGCUCUUCACACAGAUCCAUGCUGCUGCUUUCUCUUCCCCCAGGGAUCACAGGCCACAGUGAUUUUUUCUUUUCCCCUGUUUAAUUAGGCAAUACCCUUGUUAAUUGCCCUUUGGCAACUAACUUAACCAUGUGCUUCCAAGACACUAAAUCAGGAAAACUUACAGGGCAAUAUUUUUAACUUGGGGCAGGAAGAAGGGAGCAGCAGAGAACUGACGAGAUUUAGCACCUAUUAAAAGAGAAUUCUUGUGUCCUCUGA